AUGGCUCAAUCCUCUCACUGCUAUCUUCCUCGCUUUGCUGCGGCGGCCGAUGGGCCGAAACGGCCGGUUUCGAUGAAGACGAGACCGACUCCUUCUCAACAUGCGCAGUUAUUAACCGCAUGGCACGAAGGGAGACUUGAAACCGUCCUGCGGGCCACUUGGGCAUUAGUUCUACACUAUUAUAUUCGCUCCGAGGACAUCUGCUUCGGCUACCAACACAUCGAUAGCGACUCCAUCUCGACUCGAAACCCUGUACAGCGCUCGACGAACCUGUCCACCGUGCGACUAGCGGUCAGCGAAAACGACUCCGUCAAGACAAUUGUAGAUAAACUGCACGAAAAUGGAGACUCAAAGCAAGCCGAGGGCCACUGGCCCUUUAAUACCAUCUUGAUGCUUCGCACAUAUCGCAAGGCGAACGACCCGCCUUCCUCAACAUCUCAACCCAUUCUUGCCUCCGCACUCCCAGACCAGUGCCAAGUUCGUCUUCAUGUCAAGGUUUUGCGCCGGGAUAUCAAUAUCUUCCUUGAAUGGCGCAAUGGAGAGAUGUCCGGUGAGCAGAUUAAGAGCGUUGCCCACAUCUUUGAGCAGAUACUUGCCAAAGUGCUUGCGCCUUCCGAAAACACCGCUAUUAGCCAGCUUAAUUCGUUUUCGGAGCAUGAUUGGCAGCGAGUCUGCAAGUGGAAUGCCCACACCCCGCAACUUCAUGAUCGGUGCAUCCACGACGCUAUCCGAGACAACGCGCUCAAUGGGCCAGACCGGGAGGCCGUAUGCGCGUGGGAUGGUAGCUUGACGUAUCGCGAGCUCGACGAGGCGGCUGCCAAGCUUGCGUGCCACUUGCGUAUGCAGGGCGUUGGCCCAGAAGUACGGGUCGGAUUGUGCUUCGAUAAAUCGAAAUGGAACAUUGUCGCAAUGCUUGGUGUCAUGAAAGCGGGAGGAGCUUUCGUCCCAUUGAGACCCAACACAUCCGACUUCGCGAUUGCAGCGUUUGAUCGAGUCGAAGCCCUGCAGCCUGUUGUAAAGACUUUAAUCCCUCUCUGCGCCGACACUUUGGAACGUCUGUCAGACCCUGCAGUCGACCUUGCAUCGGGUGUGACGAGCCAGAAUGCGGCCUAUGUUCUGUUCACCUCUGGCUCCACGGGAGAGCCCAAGGGCACUCUUCUUGAGCACCGUGCUUUCCUGUCCAGUGCCAAAGCCCAUGGGCCUGGGCUGGCUAUUUCCAGAGACUCGCGGUGUCUGCAAUUUGCAGCUCACACCUUUGACGCAAGUUUGUCAGAGUCACUGACGCCGUUGAUCGCUGGUGCCUGUGUCUGCAUUCCAAGCGAGGAAGCUCGCUUAAAUGAUAUUGUAGGCGCCAUCAAUGAGAUGCGGGUAACCCAAGCAUGCUUCACCCCGUCUUUCAUCGGCUUCAUUGAAAUUGGAAGCGUGCCUGGUCUGAAAAGUCUGGUUCUGGCCGGAGAGGCAAUGUCCCAGUCACAACUGGAGACCUGGUCCAGCAUUCAAUUGAUCAAUGGGUAUGGGCCUACCGAGGCCAGUGUCGCAUCCGUUCUUAACUCCCAUGUCACGCCUGACACGGACUGCAAGAACAUCGGCCUUCCAAUCGGUGUUCGGGCGUGGCUAGUGGAUCCUGAGAACCACGAUGAUCUCGUACCUGUCGGCUGCCCUGGAGAACUUUUGCUUGAAGGCCCGACGCUCGCUCGAUGCUACGUCAACAAUCCGCAGAAGACGAACGAAUCCUUCAUUUACGAUCCGGCUUGGACCAAGCGUGAUCCGACACGAGGCACGAAUCGCCGAUUCUACAAGACUGGCGACUUGGUGAGAUAUAACUCCGAGAAGGGAUCACUGAAUUAUCUCGGUCGCAAAGAUACCCAGGUGAAGGUACACGGCCAGCGUGUUGAGUUGGGAGAAAUUGAGAAGCAACUGAGUACUGAUUUGAAUGUCACUCACUGCGCCGUCUUGUUUCCCAAGACUGGCUACUCCAAGGGUCGUCUGGCUGCUGUCAUCUCUUCCACCGGUCUUCUGGCUGAACAGUCCGAAUCGGAAUUGGAGUCUCUCCGAUUGAUUUCCGCCUCAGACAAAGCAAGGAUCGUGCCUGGGAUUAGAGAGCGUUUGUCGGCCCGCUUGCCGACAUACAUGGUCCCAGCUGUUUGGCUUUGUGUCGAAGCUCUCCCUCUUCUUCCGUCUGGGAAACUCGAUCGAAAAGGUAUUGCCGGCUGGGUUGGUGGUAUGGAACAAGACCCCGACAUCACAACCGCCAAAACCGUAUCUGUGUCGGAAGAACAGAUGUCUCAGCCGGCAAACGAAAAGGAGGAAGCUCUUGCCGCUGUUUACAGUCGCGUUUUGAACAUUCCUCAGAAUCUAGUCAGCUACAAUGAGGGUUUCCUGGCAAUGGGCGGUGAUUCCAUCGCUGCAAUGACUUGCGUUGGACUGUGCAAGAAGCGUGGUCUUGGUCUUUCUGUACAGGAAGUCUUGCGAAGCAAGUCAAUUCGGGAACUUGCUACCCGCGCGAAAGCAAUUGAUCACGGCACGACUUACCAGGAAGCCGUAGACCAGCCGUUCGACCUUUCGCCUAUCCAAGUUCUUCACUUUGGUGUGCGCAAGGAGGGUCAGGGCCACUUUAACCAGGGUAUUCUCACCAAAUUAAACAAGCCUAUUGAUGAAGGGACACUUCGCAAGGCAAUUGAAACCCUUGUUUCGCGGCACUCAAUGCUCCGUGCUCGAUUUGAUCACGCCGGUGACGCGAUAGCAUCUGCUCAGCGCAUUACGCAGGAUGUGAAGGCAUCGUAUCGUUGGAAGACUCAUAGCGUUUCGAAUAUGGACAACAUAAAGCCAUACAUAGCUGACAGUCAGUCUUCUAUCAACUGCUUCACCGGGCCUCUUUUGGCUGUCGAUUACUUCCGUGUGAAGGGCAAAGAGCAGGCUCAUGUCUUGUCUAUGACGGCACACCAUCUGGUCGUUGAUAUUGUCUCCUGGAGAAUCAUUCUCGAGGAUUUGGAGGAUGUGCUUCUGAAUCCCCAGAAAUCUGUCAGCGAGGACAGCUCCCUUCCUUUCCAAACCUGGUGCCGUCUACAGGCCGACCAUAGCAAGUCUUUGAUUGAAGAGGGCAAGGCUUCGACCGAAAAUUUGCCUGUCACUGACUAUAGCUACUGGGGCCUGAAAAGUACUUCGACGACUUAUGGCGAUGUCGACUGUGCUUCCUUCGAGAUCGACGCUUCUCACAGUAACGCCAUUCUGCUUGAGUGCCACAAGGCUUUGAACACUGAGCCAAUCGAUUUAUUCCUCGCAGCCAUGCUUCACGCAUUCGGUCGCUCCUUCAAUGACCGAUCUAUGCCUGUGAUCUAUAAUGAAGGCCAUGGCCGUGAAGUCUGGGACCCGUCGAUCGAUAUUUCACAUACCGUAGGUUGGUUCACCAUUCUGCACCCCAUCUUCGUCUCUGCCUUCAAGGCCGAGAGUCCAAUUGCCACCCUUGUGCAAGUCAAGGAUCUACGCCGUCGGGUGUCGGACAACGGUCGGGCAGACUUCGCCAGUCGAGUUCUUCCUGGCCACGGUAAGCAGAGCGGAACUCACCCUCGUCCCUUCGAGAUCUCCUUCAACUAUGUCGGCCAGCAUCGUGACCUGCAGAGACAAGAUGGCCUUUUUCAACUUGUUGACCAAAUGGCCGGAGAGGCUGGCCAGGGUGGUGGUGCCGCGGACUUUGGCAAAGAUACUCCUCGAUUCGGUUUGUUUGAGAUUUCUGCAAUGGUCGUGCAUGGAAAGAUUCGGUUCACGUUCUCUUUCAACAAGUUUAUGCAGCACCAAGAUCGCAUUCAUACCUGGGUGUCCAACUGUCAGCAGCAGCUCAUUUCAAUGUCUGAUCAACUGAUGCAUAUGUCGCCUCGGUUGACCCUGAGCUCCUUCCCCAUGCUGUCAUUGUCAUACGAUAACCUGGAAAAUUUGCUCACGCAGAAGCUACCUGCCAUCGGUGUGAAGUCACCAGAGCUUGUUGAGGAUAUUUAUCCUUGCUCUCGUAUGCAGCAGGGUAUUCUGCUUGGUCGUUCUCGCGAUAGCUCUUACUAUGCCGUUCAUGAUACAUUUGAGGUUCGCGCGACUGGAUCGACAGAGCCGAAUUUGGACCGCCUGGUGGAGGCUUGGAAGCAGGUUGUUUCACACCACCCAAUGUUCCGAACUAUUUUCGCAGAGAACCUCACCCCUCGCGAUCCGUUCUGCCAAGUCGUUCUGAAGGAGUAUGAUCAACCUCCAGUGCUUCUUCACUCGGUUGGGGACGACGAUGUGUUGACUACAUUUGAUGCUCAGGAGCCGAAGGAUUACAGCGAGAUGCGACCGGCUUACCGCUUCAGCAUCUGUCAGACGUCGACUAACAGGCUCUUUUGUCGAAUCGAGCUGAGCCACGCCGCGAUGGAUGGUAACUCGAUCUCGAUCAUUUUGAGGGAUCUGCAACUCGCCUAUGCCGGAAGACUGGAAGAGAGCCCACGGCCCUUGUUCAAAGACUACAUUCGGUAUCUGAAAGAUGCCCCACAAGAAGCUAGUAUCAAGUACUGGCGCUCUUACCUGGGGAUGCUAAGCCUCAAAUUCGGAUCUCUAGCCCAGCUACAGAGUGUAGUAGAGAAGAAAGGCAUCACCCUGUCUAACGUCUUUAAUGCUGCCUGGGGUCUCACAUUGCGUCUUUACUGUGGCUCGGAUGAUGUGAGCUUCAGUUACAUGGCCUCUCUUCGGGAUGUUGCCGCGGAUGGGGUACAGUGGGUGGUUGGUCCUGUGAUCAAUUUGAUGGUCUGCCGCAUGAGAAUUUCGGGUAAUUCUCAACUGAGCGAUGUUCUGAACCAGGUUCAGAACGACUACAUGGAGAGCCUUCCCUACCGCCACACUUCGCUCAUUGACAUCCAACAUGCUCUGAAGCUGUCUGACGCCAAUCUGUUUAAUUCAGGUGUGUCCUACCGUCGUCUACCUAGCGCCAAAGACACGGUGAGCAGUGACAUUGAAUGUGUGGAGGUGGGGUCCAUUCAUGAUCCGGCUGAGUUCCCGGUUUACAUCAAUAUUGAGGCUCAAGACACGAAAGCCAGCAUUGACCUCAACUACUGGACCAGCAACUUGUCCGAUGCUCAGGCUACCAACGUUGCCAACACUUAUGUUAAAUGCCUCGAGAGCAUUAUGACCCACGCUGACAGUGAGAUACGCCAGAUUGACAGCCUCAGUGAACAGAACAAAACCGAUAUUCUGAACUGGAACGAUAAUAUUCCUCAAGGCAUUGAAAAAUGUGUCUACCAAGUUGUCCAAGAGAUGGCUGAGAAGUCUCCAAAUGCCAUGGCCAUCACUGCUUGGGAUGGAAACCUAACCUACUCUAAGCUGAAUCAGUACUCCACCCGCCUCGCAAGCUACCUCGUUACUUUCGGCGUGGGUCCUGGUUCCUUGAUACCGACUUGCUUCGACAAAUCUGUCUGGAACACUGUCUCCGUGUUGGCAGUAAUGAAGGCAGGUGGAGGCUGCAUUCCCGUCGACAGUAGCCAUACCAUGGGUAUGAUCGAGCAUUGGGUUGCCGACAACGCCGUUCAGGUUGCCCUUGCAUCACCUGAAAAGGCUCAUGUACUUGAAGAGACUAUUCCCUAUGUUAUCCCGGUGGGCGAGUCUCUUCUGGAGUAUCUGGAUGAUGAGCAUCUGGAGAUUGCCUCCUCCCCAUCUGACCCAGCCUAUGUCGCCUUCACUGCAGGAAGCUCCGGAUCCGCCCGCGGUGUGGUUUUAGAUCACACUGCGGUCAUGACUCGUGCCGAGGCUUUUGCGAUUUCCCUGAAGCUCUCAGAAAGUUCUCGAACGCUUCAAACCUCGCCUCAUACUUCUGACUUGCUCCUGUUGGAAACCUUCGGCACCUUCAUGUAUGGUGGUUGUGUUUGCAUCCCCGCCGAUGUUGAGCCUGGCAACUUGGCAGCGUCUAUCAGCGUUCUACACGCCAAUGUCGCUUGCAUCACCCCUACUCUGGCUAGUUUCUUAUCUCCGCAGCAGGUUCCUAGCUUGCAAACUGUUGCGUUCCAUGGAGAGCCUACCAUGGACAGCGACCUGGAGAACUGGCAUUGUGAUGCUCUCAAGCUUCACGUCAUUUACGGUACCGCGGAAUGUUCUUCUGCUUCCUUGCACACGAUCAUUGAUCAAGGCACUCGAGAAGCUAUUGUUGGAUUCGCUUCUUCUUCUGUCUCGUGGCUGGUUGAUCCCACCAACACCAACUCUCUCGUUCCCGUUGGUGCUGUUGGUGAGCUUGUACUCGAAGGUCCUGUUCUCGGUCGUGGCUAUCUCGAUGACGAGGAAGUCCCGAGCCAGAACUUCCUGAAGGACCUUACUUGGGCAUCUCAAUUGACCGAGAGAAAUGAGCCCCGUCGUUUCUUCAAAACAGGGGAUCUCGCUCGCUACAAUUCUGACGGAGCCUUGGUCUACCUUGGAAAGAAGGGUGGCUCCAUCGGAUGCGCCGAUCGCUCACUGGUGCAGCAUGCCAUUGACGCUCACUUUGGUUCGAAGCGCAAGGCUACUGUGGAUGUGGUGUGUCUUGAAGGCUCGACAUCCACUGUCGCUUUCAUCGUUACUGCGGAUCGAGUAUCAACCACCUUCGUCGAUCGCGUCAUCCAAACUUCCGCAAAGGAGAUGACCUCGACAAUUUCCUCGCUGCACACUAAUCUCAGCACAAGACUCCCCGCUAGCAAGGUUCCGAGUACAUAUAUCCCCAUUUCAGCACUCCCUCUAACCCCUCUUGGAAAAAUUAAUUACCAGGCUCUCAGCUCGGAAAUUGCCAGCCUGUCUAGCAGUGUCAUCAGGUCCUUUGACAUCAAACACUGGACUGGAGUCAAGCCCGGAACCCGUACCUCUCGCGGAUCUUCUUUGACAGGUGCCAACCUUGGGUUCUGGAAGGAAUAUCUCGCCGACAUUGAGCCUUGCGGUUUCCCCUCUAUCUCCCUUCACUCCAGUGGGGAAGCUCGCUCCACUCGGACCCUUAACAAGCAGACUGACAAGCUUCAUGCAUUCAGCAAAUUGUCUGGCGUCUCUGUCGAGACCCUUUUCCAAAUUGCUUGGGGCCUUGUUUUGCGAUGCUACACUGGCAAUGACGAUAUCUGCUUCGGGUGCUCCACCGGCGAGCCUGAUAUCCGCUCGACUGUUUCUAUCUUCCGCACCAUUCUGAACAAUGACCGUCCGCUCGAGGAGGCUCUACAGAAAUCAAAAGCCCAAUUUGACAAAAGUCGUGAAAACUUCGCUGAGCUCACUGCUGUCAAGACGCAUCUCGGAAUCCAGGAUGCCGAGGUGUUCAACACCCUCCUGACCUACCGUACUGCUUCCCGUCUUCCCCAGGGCGAAGUUCGAGACGUCACCUAUGCGAACACGUACAAGGUUGCCGUCGAGGCUGCAGUUUCUUCCUCCGUUGCCGAAAUACAUUUCAGCUAUUCCUCGGACACUCUCUCCUCCGCCCAGAUUACUCAUGUCAUUGACACAUUCGAUCAUAUCCUGAAUGAUAUCAUGUCUUCCAGCCCUCUACACCGCACAAUUGGUGAUCUGGAUCUAUUCCCCCAGCGGUCCUGCCGUCAGAUCCGUGACUGGAAUGCUGUUCUUCCUCCUAGGGUUGAGAAAUGUGCCGAUGAGCUUAUCCAGCAGCAAGCCCUUUCACAUCCUCGCGCUGAGGCCAUUUGCUCUUGGGACAAGAACUUUACGUACGGUCAGCUUGAGAUCGUGUCCACUCGUCUUGCUAGGUACCUUACCAGUGUGGGCGUAAAGCCGGAAGUUUUUGUGGUUCUUUCUUUCGAAAAGUCUGCUUGGGCCGUUGUCUCUCAACUGGCAAUUCUCAAGGCGGGAGGCGCAUUCGUCUCUGUUGAUCCUUCUCACCCUGAAUCACGCCUUCAAAUGCUCAUCGAAGAAAUCGGUGCUGAUCUGGUGUUGUGUUCUUCUUCCCUUCAAGCGAAGAUGGCCAAUCUGUGCAAGAAAGCUUUCGCUGUUUGCCAGAGCUCCAUCUCCCAGCUUCCUGACUCCCCUCUGGCCAUGUCUGGUACACGCCCCAACGCUGGAAACGCAGCAUAUGCCAUUUUUACAUCCGGUACGACCGGAAAGCCUAAGGCCACCGUUGUUGAGCAUACGGCUCUCAGCACGACCGCUAUGGCAAUGGCUGAUGCUCUGCACAUGAACUCGGGUACCCGUGCCCUGCAGUUCUCGAAUUACACUUUCGAUGUUAGUGUCCUAGAGAUCAUGAUGACACUCAUGACUGGCGGCUGUGUUUGUGUGCCUAGCGAGGAGGAGCGCAUGAACAAUUUGGGCGGUGCAAUUCGUCGACUGGAGGCCAAUUACAUGGCUUGCCCUCCCGCUAUUGUCAACACUCUGGAGCCCAAGGCUGUGCCGACACUGAAGACUAUCAUUACCGGUGGUGAGAAGAUGCCUGCCAACCAUAUCGAUCGUUGGCACGAUCGAUUCGUCAUCAACGCCUACGGCCCCUCCGAAGCUACCGUGGUGGCCACCGUCGGCGUGAAGGUCGACUGGGAAGGCAACCGUGUGAACAACGACCCAACCUGCAUUGGAACCGCACCAAACUGCAGGGUGUGGGUCGUGGAUCCCAAUAACUACAACCGACUUCUCCCAGUCGGGGCCAUUGGAGAGAUGCUUCUAGAGGGUAGCAACAUUGCCCGUGGAUACCUCGCAAACCCCGAGAAGACAAAAGCUGCUUUUGUCGAUGAUCCUGUUUGGAGUCACCACACAGGUCUUCAGGGACUCUUCAAACGAAAAGAUCGCAUGUACCUUACUGGUGAUCUGGUCAGGCAUAACAGUGAUGGCACUCUUGCUUUCAUCUCCCGCAAAGACACCCAGAUCAAGUUCAAUGGUCAGCGUAUCGAGCUUGAGGAGAUUGAACACCAGUGUGCACGUGCCCUUCCUGAGGGAUCUCAGGUUGCUGUGGAUGUUGUUGUUCCUCAGGAGAGAACGGUCGCCAAGGGUCUCGCGGCCUUCUUCACCAUUCACGACGAGGAUUCAUUCCAAGGUGGCAGCACUGAUGACUUCGUUGCCAGCGUUCCAGGUGCAGACCCGCUGCUUCUCCCAAUUUCAGUGUCAAACAUGGAUGCGAUCCAGAAUUUGAAGAGUUCGCUCCCUGAUCUUCUUCCUCAGAGCAUGAUGCCGCGCCUGUUUUUCCCGCUACGCAACCUGCCGUUCACUUCUUCAGGCAAGAUCGACCGCCGCCGUCUUCGCGCGAUGGUCCAGACUCUGUCUAAAGAGACUCUCAAAUCGUUCAUAACCUUCAAUGGUCCCAGCAAGAAGGAAGAAGCUUCUACGAAUGGUGUCGACGCCAAGCUUCGCACCCUGUGGGAGAAGACCCUUGAUUUGGAAGAGGGGUCGGUCACCAAUGAUGACAGCUUCUUUGCGCUUGGUGGAGACUCUUUUUCUGCUAUGAACUUGGUCGGCGCCGCUCAGGCCCAGGGCAUCGCACUCAACGUUGCUACUAUUUUCAAAUCCCCCGUCUUGGCCGACAUGGCUAAGACUUGCUCGGAGAUUACAGAGUCCCCGAUCCCAAAGCAGACCUCUCUCAAGCCAUUUUCGCUGCUACCUAAGGGUGUGGAUAUCGAGAGUCUUAUGGAUGAGGUGACUGAUAAUUGUGCUGUUGCCAACGACUUGAUCUCCGAUGUGUAUCCAUGCAGUGCCGUGCAAGAGGGCCUUCUGACCAUGUCCGUCAAGCAUCAUGGUGCUUAUGUCGCUCAGCCUGUCUUCCGUCUUGCGGAUGGUACUGAUGUUGACCAAUUUAAGACCGCUUGGCAGCGAACUGUGGCUGACCUCGACAUUCUGCGCACUCGCAUUGUGCACACUGAGGCCAUGAACUUUGCUCAGGUCGUGCUCAAGGAAUCUCCUAUUCACUGGGUUCAUGCCGAGUCCUUUGAGAAGUUACCCGGUAACUCGAUCGAAUUGCCCAAACACAAUGGUGCCCCUCUGACAGGUUAUGCAAUUGUCCAACCCCACGGAUCUCGUACUGCCUACUUUUAUUCCCUCGUCUACCGCAAGUUGGAAGAGAAUUACAGCAAUGCCAGAAACAAACAGGCAGCCACUUCUUAUGGCCUCUUCAUCGAAUACCUCAAUAAAACGAACAUGGAAGAGUCGGAUGCUUUCUGGAAGAACUACUUAGCUGAGUUCUCUAGCCCGCCAUUCCCCCAAAACAAGAAUGCCGUUGCGGACGCUGUGCGCGCUGGAAACACUCAAUACCAUAGCAUUGGUAUUUCGCGACCAGCUGACUGCGUUGAUUUCACUCUGCCUGUUCUUUUGCGAGCUGCAUGGGCUAUCGUCGUGGCAACUCACACUGGCUCUGGUGAUGUAUGCUUCGGAGAGACUUUGUCAGGUCGUAAUAUCGAUUUGCCUGGCGUUGGCGACAUCGCUGGCCCCGUGCUAUCGACUGUCCCGACUCGCAUCGUUGUCAACCAUGACACUUCUAUCAUUCAGUAUCUCAACAAGAUUCACCAAUCUACUACCGACAUGAUCCCUCACCUUCAUACCGGUCUUCAGCGCAUCCGCCAGCUGAAUGCGGACACCGCUGCUGGCUGCAACUUCCAGAACCUAUUAGUGAUCCAGCCCGGAGAGGGCGAGCUUAACAACGAAAUAUGGUUCGACGAGAAGCAAGCCACCAGCGAAGACUUCUUUACUCACCCCCUUGUCCUUGAGUGCGGCAUUUCCAAGACCCACAUUCACUUCACCGUGCACCACGAUGAGCUUGUCAUCAAUGGAUGGCAGUCAAAGCAUCUUGCUGAGCAACUUAGCCAUGUUCUUAAACAGCUGAUGUCUGUUCCCAAGACUAGCACCGGCAGAGUUGUCGACUUGGAAGUUGUCAGCCCCGAGGACAAGAUGGAGAUUGCCCGGUGGAACGGCCGCGAACCUCUCGUGGUCGAACGCACUGUUCAUGACUUCAUCCGAGAGAAGGCUAUUGAGACCCCUAAUGCCCCCGCCGUCUGCGCAUGGGACGGAGAGCUUAACUACAAAGAGUUCUGGGAUCUGGCCUCUUCCUUCGCAAAUUACUUGGUUUCCCGUGGUGUCGGCCCUGAAGUCUUUGUUCCUGUCUGCCUUGACAAGUCAGUCUGGGCUAUGGUAACCCUGAUAAGCAUUCUGAUUGCUGGCGGUGGGUAUGUUCCUCUUGAUCCUCAUCACCCCGUCUCGCGACAUGAAGAGAUUCUCGCGGAUGUUGGCGCUAGCAUGAUCCUGUGCACUCCCAACUAUACCAACCGCUACAAUCGCGUUGUCAAAACCGUGAUUCCCAUCAGUAAGGAGACCCUCAAGGCAUACGGAUCUCUCAAUCUCUCCGUCAAGCGCCGCAGUGAGGUAACUCCAGCUAAUAUGGCCUAUGCUUUGUUUACUUCCGGGAGCACUGGCAGGGCCAAGGGCAUCAUUGUUGAGCAUCGCAACGUCGUCAGCAGCAUAAUGUCUUUCGCCCCACUGACUGAGAUGAUAUCUUCUUCUCGUGUAUUCCAAUUCGCAUCCUUGACAUUCGAUGCCGCCAUUAUGGAGACACUUGCCAUCUUAAUGGUCGGUGGCUGCAUCUGUGUUCCUAGUGAGGAUGAUCGCCUCAAUGAUGUUGCGGGUGCUAUUCGACGCUUGAACGUGAACUGGACGUUCCUCACGCCAUCUAUUGCUAGCAUCAUCGAGCCAUUAUCGGUGCCUUCGCUGAAGGUCCUCAUCUGCGGUGGUGAGAAGAUGUCCCGUGAAGUUAUCACUAAGUGGGCAAGCACCGUGAAACUCAUGAACGGAUACGGGCCGACCGAGACCUGUGUCUUCGCUACCAUGGAGACUGCUGUUGCUGCCACUCGCGAUCCUGGACGCAUCGGCUACGGCAUUCCCAGUACCCUCACCUGGAUCGUGGACCCUGACAACCAUGAUCGUCUCGUCCCACUCGGUGCUGUUGGUGAGCUUGCCCUAGAAGGAGUUUCAUUGGCACGUGAGUAUCUCAAGAAUCCUGAGAAGAACGCUGAGUGCUUCAUCACCAACCCUACCUGGGCCAAGGACUUCAAAAAGGCAUCGACUCUGCCUUCUCCUCGCAGAAUUUAUCUGACUGGUGAUCUUUGCUACUAUAACACUGAUGGCUCAAUCGAGUACAUCGGUCGCAAGGACCACCAAGUUAAACUACACGGCCAGCGUAUGGAGCUUGGUGAGAUUGAGCACCGGCUGUAUGAGGACCCACUUGUCCGUCAUGCAGUUGUCAUCCUGCCCAAGACUGGACCUCUGAAGCAGCGCCUCGUGACUGUCAUGUCACUAAACAAGAUCGCGCAAGAUAAUAAGUUGAUUUCAGACAGGGCCUGUGAGCUUGUUGAUGAAGAGGAUUUAUCUAAUCAAGGCUUGCCUGGCCUGGUUGAGGUCCAGAAGAAUCUCGAGAGUCAGCUUCCCAUCUACAUGGUUCCGCAAACAUGGGCUCUUAUCAAGAAGCUUCCUAUGCUUGUUUCUGGCAAGCUUGACCGCAAAAAGAUUACAGCUUGGCUUGAGAACAUCGACGACGAAAGCUACGAACGCAUUAUGGCCGACUACGACCGCAUGAAGCGCGGCGACAUCAAAAAGCCCGAGGAAAAGGAACAGGAUGGUCCCUUCAAGGUCAUGCGCGAAAUAAUCUCGCAAGUCCUCAACAUCUCCUUGCAGAAGGUCAACGCCGACCGCUCCUUCGUCAGCCUGGGUGGCGACAGUAUCACCGGAAUGGCUGUUAUAUCCCGUGCGCGGAAGCAGGGCCUGGUUGUUACUCUCAAUGACAUUCUGCAGAGUCGAUCCGUAAAAGAACUGGCUCAAAGUGCGACUGCCAAGACACCAGCUGCUCCUCAACGUGAGGACAAUUCUGAAGAGGCUUUUGCUCUUUCUCCUGUUCAGAAACUCUACAUGCAGUCCUCGACUUCCUUCAAAGGAGCCGCUCGUUUCAAUCAGAGCAUUACUGUGCGGGUCUCCCGCAGGGUGGAGGGAGAAGUACUUCGACGGGCAAUCAAGGCCGUUACUAGCCAACACUCCAUGUUUAGGGCUCGAUUCCGCACCGUCCAGGGCACAUGGCAGCAAAAAGCAGCAGCAGAGAUUGAAGAAUCCUACCGCUUCCGAGUCCACUCGGUGAGCGAUAUCCGUGCAAUGGUCCCCAAGGUUGCCGACAGCCAGUCCUGCCUGGAUCCGAUGAAUGGGCCGAUCUUUGCUGCCGAUCUCUUCAAUCUACGUAGCGGCGGGCAGGUGCUCUUCCUCGUCGCUCACCAUUUGUGCGUAGACAUGGUCUCAUGGCGAAUCAUUCUCCAAGACCUCGAGGAGCUUGUCGUUUCCGGCUCUCUGUCUGAUGACAAGGCCCUCUCGUUCCAGAGCUGGUGUUUAAUGCAACAGGAGCGAGCCAAGAUCAACGAAUCCUCUCUUACCCUCCCCUUUACCCCGGAGCAGGCCAACUUGCAAUACUGGGGCAUGCAUGAAUCACUCAAUGUGUAUGGCGACAUCAAGAUGGAGUCUUUCUCAUUGAGUGAAGAUGCUACCAAGUUUGUUCUUGAUGGAUGUCACGAAGUCUUCAAUACCGAUACUGUUGAUAUCUUGCUUGCUUCUGUCAUCCAAUCUUUCCGCCAAACUUUCACUGACCGAAAGGUUCCUACAGUCUACAAUGAAGGACACGGACGUGAGCCUUGGGAUGCCAACAUUGACCUCUCGAGGACCGUGGGCUGGUUCACCACUAUGGCCCCCGUUUUUGUUGAAGGUGACGAUGUGGGAAUCAUUGACAUAAUCAAACGCGUCAAAGACACUCGUCGCAAGAUCACCGACAAUGGUCGUCCAUACUUUGCCAAGAGCAUGCUGCAAACCGAUCACGAAGAUUUCCAGCUUCCUUUGGAAAUUCUUUUCAACUACCUCGGUCGUCUUCAGCAGCUUGAGCGGGUUGACUCUCUCUUCUGCCACCAGGGCAAUGUUUUCGAUGGUUCGGACUUCGCUGUCGCUGGCGACAUGGGUCCCGAGACUACACGCUUCGCCUUGUUUGAGGUCUCCGCCAUUGUAAUCAAGGAGAGACUUAAUGUCGCAUUCACAUACAACCGCAAGAUGACUCGCGAGGGGCAGAUUCGUCGCUGGAUACUCCAGUGUAAGGGUGUUUUGGAGCGUGAUAUGGUGGUUCUCAAAAAGGCUGCCCCGGAACCUACCCUCAGCGACUACCCUCUGCUGCCACUGAACUACCACGGCCUCCAGAUCCUCACCAACCACACAUUCCGAAAGCUCGGAAUUCAGAACAAGCACGAUGUCGAGGAUAUUUAUCCCUGCUCUCCCAUGCAGGAGGGUCUACUACUCAGCCAGCUGCGUGAUCCCAGUGCCUAUAUGUUCCACACCAUCUUUGAGAUCAAGGAUGCUCGCACCGGAAAGGUCGAUCCCGAGAAGCUUUCCCGAUCAUGGCAGAUACUUGUGGAGCGCCACCCAGUUUUGCGAACUGUCUUCAUUGACAGUAAUUACAGCGGUGGCUCUUUUGACCAGCUCGUCCUCGCCAAGCUUACUGACAAUGUAUUGCGAGUGGAAUGCACCGAUUCCCAGGUUGAUGAGAAGCUGGCUGCCAUCUCACUUCGAGAUCUCAACGCCAUGCGGCCCGCGAAACUCUCACAUCAGUUCACAGUCUGCCGCACGACUAGCGGGCGUGUUCUGGUGAAGCUUGAGAUCAACCAUGCUAUCAUUGACGGUGGUGGUGUCGAUGUUCUCCUCCGUGACCUGACAAUGGUCUACGAUCGCCGCCUAUUUGAGACGGAUGGCCCCAAGUUCAGCGACUACAUCAAGUAUAUCCGAACACAAAGCCAGGUCAAGGCCCUCGAGCACUGGAAAGAGUACCUGGGCGGGGUCAGCCCAUGCCACCUACAGCCGUCUUCCAGCUUCCAAGCCAACCGUGAGCUGAAGGGCAUCUUGAUGAACUUUUCCCGCUACACUGAGCUUCUCGGCUUCUGUGAACAGGCCUCAGUUACUUUGGCCAAUCUCACCUUGUCUGCGUGGGCUAUUGUUCUCAGGCAGUUCACCGGCUCUGACGAUGACAUGGUCGGUAUCUUCAUUAACAUGCUCUGUUGCCGUGUGCAGUUCGGCGGCCAACAAACUCUGACCGAUGUCUCGAAACGAGUGAACGAGGACUACAUCCGCAGCAUUCCCCACCAGAGCUGCUCCCUUGCUAGCAUCCAGCAUGACCUUGGUAUGCAGAGCCAGUCUCUCUUCAACACUACUCUUUCAAUCCAGAACCAUACCGUUGCGGGUGGCACCAAGGAAAAGGGAUUGACAUUCGACCUUCAACAUGCUCAUGACCCAAGCGAGUACGCCGUUACUGUCAAUGUUGACAUUUCUCGCGGCAACGAGGGAAUCAUGCUGCGAUACUGGAACGAUGUGAUUUCUGAUAGUCAAGCACAGUCGCUAGUGGAUACUAUAGCCAAGGUAUUCACCGGCUUCAUUGAAUCUCCCGCUGUGACCCUUUCAGCAGCCAACUUUGCUGAAAAGGCUGUCGAAAACGGCUCCGGCUGGGACAGCCCGCAGACUUCAUUCAGCGAGAAAGCGAAGCCUACUUUGGAAGGUCUUGAUGGCGCUGCCAUUCAGAAGAUGAUUGAUGAUCGAGUGACUGAGGUCAUCGGACAGAUGUUGAGGGAUGGGAAGUUGAUGGUGCCGCAGGGGCCUCGCUUGCAGACAAGCUCAUCCGGGUACGGCCAUACCGACGAUGGAAUCGAUUCGCCUUACCCAUUGGAGGGUAUGCAAGGAGCAGAUGAUUCGGGUAUUUGUUCGGCGACGUCCCGUUCUAGCGAAGAUGGAAUGUCGGCCGAUGUGGAGCGGAAGCUCUGGAGCCUUUGGAGUACUGCUCUCGGUCUCUCGCCGAAUACCGUGAGGCCCCAGGACAGCUUCUUCAAGUUGGGUGGUGACAGUAUCACGGCCAUGAAGAUGGUGAGCGCGGCCCGUGACGAGGGUCUCGUUCUGACUGUUGCGGAUGUUUUCAACAACCCUGUAUUUGAGGACAUGGUUGCGACGGUGAGCGCUGCUAAUGUGACGCAGCAAAUGCUGAACGCUGAUCUACAGCCCGCGCACAGGGAGGUUGAGGCAUUCCCUGGCAGUAUGGCUGCUACCCUUGCCCCGACCCCAUCCUCUGAAAGCAUCUCUGUGCUCAGACCCAGCAUGGCUGUUGAUGAUGCCUCGGUUCAAAACGGCAUUUGCCCCAAGAUCGGUGUUUUCAAGGGUGGCAUUGCCGAUGUCCUACCCGUGACUGACUUCCAAGCGAUGUCUUUGACCGCGACUCUCUUCAAGUCGCGAUGGAUGUUGAACUACUUCUUCUUGGAGGGUAACGGGCCUCUUGACCUCAGACGUCUUCGUGAGAGUUGUUUGAAGGUUGUUGAUGCCUUUGAUAUUUUGCGGACAGUCUUUGUCUGUUUCCAUGACCAGUUUUUCCAGGUCGUGCUGCGCAAGAUUCGUCCCAGCAUCUUCGUUUAUGAGACCGAUCGUGGAUUGGAUGAGUUCACCAUGACUUUACAGCAGCGCGACCGCGAAUAUGGCCCACGUGAGGGUGAACAGUAUGUGCAAUUCUAUGUUGUCAAGAAGAAGGGAAGCGACCAGCACCGCAUCAUGAUCCGCCUGUCUCACACCCAAUACGAUGGAGUGUGUUUGUCUAAGAUCAUGACUGCCCUGAAGCUAGGCUACGAGGGCAGUCCUCUACCUCCCGUGACACCCUAUGCCAGUUACCUUCGCCAGCUCCCAGGAACAAUUACUCCGGAUCACUACAAUCACUGGUCGAAGCUUCUUAAGGGUUCGCGCAUGACCCAGGUCGUCCGCCGUAAGGGUACUACGAUGUUCCAAAACAUCGGUGCCUUUACUGAGGUCCGCAAGACAAUCGAGAUCCCUCCUACUGCCCUAGGCAAUGUCACUGUUGCAACAGUCAUGCAGGCUGCUUGGGCUCUCACUCUCGCCAAGCUGUCUGCCCAGCCUGAUGUGGUCUUCGGUCUCACUAUCAGUGGCCGCAAUGCCACUGUCCCUGGCAUUGAAUCAACUGUCGGACCCUGUGUCAAUGUGGUGCCUGUCCGUGUCAAGUUUGACGAUAAGUGGACCGGCUUGGAUCUCUUCCGAUUCCUCCAGGACCAGCAGGUUUCCAACAUGCCUUUCGAGUCUCUCGGCUUCCGUGAAAUUAUCAAGAAAUGUACCGACUGGCCUGACUGGACCUACUUCACAACUUCGGUCUUCCACCAGAACGUUGACUAUGAAGGCUCUCUGGAGCUCGACAACAAUAAGUACCGCAUGGGCGGUGCUGGUGUCAACGAUAACUUUGCAGACCUGACCAUGGUCUCACGACCUUCCGACGAGCGCAAUCUCAGUGUUACCCUUGGCUAUUCUGAGAAGGGGCCCAUUCAUCCUGCCUUUGCAGACAAGGUCCUAGACAUGGUCUGUGAGAUUGCACAGUCCCUCGUCGCCAACCCAUCCACUGCCUUGCCGUCCCCCAACAUGCUCUCCUCUCUACCAUCCCAGACAAUCGACGAUCUUCCCCGUUCUUCAGAUGAGCACUUCCUCAGCGCACACCUCAAGUCACGUUCAAUUGCUGAACUUCUUGUCCAUUCGGACAUUCUUUCCCGCUCGUGGCACCAGGCCUUACCUCCGCGCCCUACCGCCCCGUCCGGGGAUGUCGAAGCGGGAGACAAGACUGCUAACCAAGCAGUCUUCCAGCUGGACUCUUCAUUCUUUGAUCUUGGUGGCGAUAUCUUCAACAUGGCCCAGCUCACUUGGUUACUUGAACAGGAGGGUCUCAAAGUCCGUCUCGAAGACCUCCUCGAGCACCCCUCAUUCCUGGGCCAGAUGGCCGUCCUGGCUUUGCACAAUGCCAAGCACCAGGAUGACUACCCGGUCGAAUACGCCACUGGUGCCGCCUCCCCAGAUUCAGAAGGCCGAAACCCGGUCGAGAAGAAGAAGACCUGGGAGAAGGCGAUGACACUCGCGAGAAAGUUAACACGUCGUAACAAUAUGGUGCCUAGCCGAGCUUGA